AUGCGUGCGAUCAAAAACAAGUUGGAGGCCUUUGGCUCCAGCAACCAGCACGUGAGGCUGAUGACCUCGAACGAGCUGGACAAGUGUCUGAGGGAGGCGCUCUACUCUGAGAGCGUCGGAUGCUCAGACUCGAUCCUGUUUGACAUUUCGCAGGCGACCUACCACGACGCGUUCUUCGACCGCAUCAUGAAGGCUGCCUGGAGCUGCGUGGGCUCGCGCGCCAGCAAGAUCAGGCGCAUCCAGAAGGGGCUGAAUUUGCUGAACUACUUGGCGAUCAACGGCUCGGAGCGCUGCAUUUCCGACAUCAUCGGACACAUAGACGUGCUGCACUCGCUGCCGAAGCUCAAGUUCGGCAAGAAUAACACUGAGCUCUCGAUGCUGGUGAUUGAGAAGGCGAGUCAGCUGAGCGCGCUCGUGCUCGACUCUAAGACUUUGCAGGACAAGAGGAAGUACGCAGCCUCCAUCAGGGACCGCUUCGUCUCCGUGGGCUCCACCAACGGCUUCGUGGAGACCGACGUGCUCCACAAGCCGGUCUUCGUGCUCGACAAGACGAAGAACAUCCCGCAGGAGAUGGCCGCGCCUAACGCGAUGCCCCUGGGCUUCGGCGGACUCCACGGCAGCUACGCGAUGCACGGCAAGGCCGCAAGUCGCCUCGCAAUGAACCAGAUGGCGAUGAAGCACAGCGGCCGCAAGUUCCUCUCGCGACUCUUCAGGAACAGCCUCAAGGUCUCGGACAACCCGCACAACAUGGGCCUCUUCGGGAACCAGCAGAGCAGCUUCGCGGACUACCAGGUAACCGGCGCGAACCUCGGCUACGGCCUGGGCGGCUACGCCGACAUCAACUUCAGCACGCACGAGGACGAGUUCAACCCGUUCCCCCUCGUGAACAACACUAACGACAGCUACUAUAAGCACAGCUUCGCCGGUGCCCGCGCCUCUAAGGGCCACAAGGGCGCCUCCAAGCUCGCCUCCACCCGCGUUACCGCAGGCCGCGGCGGUCGCGUCGGCAGCCACUCCGGCAGCAAGAGCGAGGACAGCUCCUUCAAGUACCACACUUCGACUGACAGCGAGAGCAGCUACUCCUCGAGCAGCUCCAGCAGCUCCGGGAGCGACAGCAGCUACAGCUCCCGCGGCCGCAGGCCUCACCGCAGGCACGACUCGAAAUAUGACGGCAGGUACGACUCCAGGGGCCACGGCGCCGAGCCUAGGGGCCGCUCCUCCAGGUCGAACAGGCACCGCGGCUACGGCAGGCGCCACAGCUUCUCCGAGAGCAGCGGCAGCAGCUACUCCGGCUCCGAGAGCGAGUACGAGAGCAUAGACCACUACGAGCACUCCCAGCACUACCAGGGCGCCCAGCCGCACUACGGCCACUACAACGCCAGCUCGUACUCAGGCUACUCCGCUCCGCCUCCCCUCGGUCCGCCCGGUCACUACUACGACGGCAGGUUCUACUCUCCUGAGGACCCUCGGCACCCGCACCCCUCUAGUGAGCGUGCUGACUUUGGGCCCGGCCCUCGCGGCAGGCCCUACUACGCCCAGGGAGUCUCCGCCAGCCACAGGUUCUCCGGCAACGCCUACUCCGCCGCCCCCAGGCCUCAUCGCAACUUCCAGCACUUUCAGCAGUCCGACGACUACCAGGACCACCAGGGCUACGUCGUCCCCGCCGCCUCCCCCCCUGCUGAGCCCAAGUAUCCUCUCUCCGGCCAGGAGAGGCGCCCCAGCGGCGGCCGACACUCCCGAUUCUCGAGGCACCCUAACGACAGGCACGUCUCCGACGACAAGUACGCUUCUGAGCGCUACACCAGCGACAUGUACGACGCCGACGCCAAGUACGCUGCUGACCGGUACGAGGUUGGCUACAACUACUCUGGCGAUGGCCAUCAUGGCGACAAGUUUACUGCUGAGGCGUUCGAUGCUGGUGACAAGUACGCCACAGACAGGUACGACGCUGACGACAAAUUUGCCGCUGGGAAGUUCGACAAGCCCGGCUUCUCCGAUCGGGCUCUUCCCAAGUCCUCCGUUCGCGACUCCUUCGUCGCCUCCGCCCCUGUCGCCUCUUCGUACUCUCUUCACCAGAACCCCUUUACCAGGGCUUAA